CACUGUAAUGCCCAAUCCAGAAUUUAAAUUUAAAGCUAAGCCUCUUUGUGUUGAUUCUUGUCCAGAUAAACUUCUUGAGCUUGGUGCUCAAUGUGUUGAAGAUUGUCCUUUCAAUUAUAUGUCUGUUGGUGGCAAUAAUGGAACUAUGAGAUGUGUGUUAUGUGAUGGUCCUUGUCCUCAAGAAUGUGCUGGUGGUGUGUUUGAUUAUAAUGAUCCUGGAAAACUAUCUCAAUGUACUGUCAUUACUACUGAACUAAGGAUUUCAAGCAUACCUGUAAAUGUUAAUCCAUCAAUAUUGAAUGAUCUCAAUGACAUUAGAGAGAUACGUGGCUCACUGGAUAUUAGUGGCUUCAAUAAAGAGACUUUUCCAUACUUAUCUAACUUGAAAACUGUUGGUAAUGAUUCCAGUCAAGUUUUAUCACAGUCAUACAAUGGAUCAAGUGACUCUUUUAAGUAUUCAAUUAUUAUAGCUGAUACUGAUUUGGUUAGCAUUGAUCUCUCAUCCCUUGAAGCUGUCAUCAAUGGUGGUAUACGAUUACAGAAUAAUCCUUCUUUAUGUUACCUUGGAAAUUUGAGCUACUACCUGGCCAAUGCAUCAUCAUCAUCUUGUGUGUUGGAUAAUCACAGAAGCAGUAUUAAUGAAUGUGGUUAGUAUUUGUAUUUUGUGUAGUUUGUGAGUAUUUUUUAUUUGCCAUGGCAAUUUGUCUAAGUAUUUACUUGUAUGCAGCAUGU